CCUCCUCACCUCAACUCGAACCUCACCUCCUCUUCGACUUCAGCUCCACGAUCGCCCUCGUUCAUGUCCAUCUAGCGGGCAUGUCUACGCCCUGCGAGUGCUCUCAAGCAUGGCGCAACCGGCUCCCCUCUCAGAUCUUGCCCAGAGGCUCUUCACGGAGCUGCGUUCCAAGAACGAGGAGACGCGCGUGAGGGCCUCGUUGGAGCUCUACGACCACGUUCUCGCUGUCUCGAGGGACACCUCUCCGGAAAAGUUCCUCGAGUUCUACAAUGCCGUCAGUCAGCGCAUCGCCCAGCUGGUCGUCACCGGCGGUGACCCCCACGAACGUAUCGGCGGCCUGCUGGCCCUUGACCGCCUGAUCGACUUUGACGGCGUCGACGCUGCCCAGAAGACCACUCGCUUUGCGAGCUACCUCCGCAGUGCCCUUCGCAGUAAUGAUAAUGCGGUGUUGAUUAAUGCCGCCCGUGCCCUGGGUCGCCUGGCCAAACCCGGCGGGGCGUUGACGGCCGAGCUGGUCGAGAGCGAGAUCCAGUCGGCCCUCGAGUCCCUGCAGUCGGAACGCCAGGAGAGCCGCCGCUUCGCCGCCGUCCUCGUCAUCCGCGAGCUCGCCAGGGGCUCCCCGACGCUGCUCUACGGCUUCGUGCCCCAGAUCUUCGAGCUCGUCUGGGUCGCCCUGCGCGAUCCCAAGGUGCUCAUCCGCGAGACCGCCGCCGAUGCCGUCAGCGAGUGCUUCGAGAUCAUCGCCGCCCGUGAUCUGCAGGUCCGCCAGCAGUGGUUCGCCCGCAUCUAUGAGGAGGCCCUGACCGGCCUCAAGUCCCCCGUCGUCGACUGCAUCCACGGCUCGCUGCUCGUGCUCAAGGAGCUGCUGCUCAAGGGCGCCAUGUUCAUGCACGACCACUACCGCACCGCCUGCGAGAUCGUCCUGCGUCUCAAGGACCACCGUGACCCCCGCAUCCGCACCCAGGUCGUCCUCACCAUCCCCAUCCUCGCCUCCUAUGCACCCUCCGACUUCACCGAGACCUACCUCCAUCGCUUCAUGGUCUACCUGCAGGCCCAACUCAAGCGCGACAAGGAGCGCAAUGCCGCCUUCCUCGCCGUCGGCAAGAUUGCCAACGCCGUCGGCGCCGCCAUCGCCCAGUACCUCGAUGGCAUCAUCGUCUAUAUCCGUGAGGGGCUCGCCCUCAAGGCCCGCAACCGCGCCGCCGUCGACGAGGGCCCCAUGUUCGAGUGCCUCAGCAUGCUCGCCCUCGCCGUCGGCCAGGCCCUCGGCCCUUAUAUGGACUCCCUCCUCGACCCCAUCUUCGCCUGCGGCCUCUCCGAGGCCCUCACCCAAGCCCUCGUGGACAUGGCCCAUUACAUCCCCCCGAUCCGUCCCACCAUCCAGGAGAAGCUGCUCGACAUGCUCAGUAUCAUCCUCUGUGGCACCCCCUUCCGGCCCCUCGGCUGCCCCGACCACCGGCUACCCCCCGUGCCCGCCUUUGCCAAGGACUUCGCCCCCGCCGCAGGGGCACUCGGCGGCCUCGGUAGUGGUGGUGGUGGUGGUGGUGGUGGUGGCGGCAACGGCGGCGGCGGCGGCGGCGUCUUGGCCUCCUCGUCGCAGGAUACCAACUCUCAGAACUACACCGACGCCGACAUCGCCCUUGCCCUCCACACCCUCGGCAGCUUUGACUUCUCCGGUCACAUCCUCAACGAGUUUGUCCGUGAUGUCGCCAUCAACUACGUCGAUAAUGACAACCCGGAGAUCCGCAAGGCCUCCGCCCUCACCUGCUGCCAGCUCUUCGUCCACGACCCCAUCAUCAAUCAGACCAGUGGCCACUCCAUCCAGGUUGUCAGCGAGGUCAUUGACAAGCUGCUGACCGUCGGCGUCGGCGACCCGGACCCGGAGAUCCGCCGUACCGUCCUCUGGUCGCUGGACCGCAAGUUCGAUCGCCAUCUGGCCCGGCCGGAGAACAUCCGCUGCCUCUUCCUCGCCGUCAACGAUGAGGUCUUUGCCGUCCGCGAGGCCGCCAUCUGCAUCAUCGGCCGCCUGUCCAGCGUGAACCCUGCCUACGUGUUCCCCGCGCUGCGCAAGCUGCUGGUCAAUCUCCUCACCGGCCUCGGCUUCGCCAGCACCGCCCGCCAGAAGGAGGAGAGCGCUCAGCUGAUCAGCCUCUUCGUCGCCAAUGCCACCAAACUCAUCAAGUCCUACGUGGACCCCAUGGUCACCUCCCUGUUGCCCAAGGCCACCGACACCAACCCGGGCGUCGCGGCCACCACCCUCAAGGCCAUCGGCGAGCUCGCCAGCGUCGGCGGCGCCGAGAUGCAGCGCUAUCUGCCUCAACUCAUGCCCAUCAUCCUCGACGCCCUGCAGGAUCUCUCCUCCCACACCAAGCGCGAGGCCGCCCUGCGCACCCUCGGCCAGCUGGCCAGCAACGCGGGCUACGUCAUCGACCCGUACGUCGAGUACCCCCAUCUCCUCGCCAUCCUCAUCAACAUCAUCAAGACCGAGCAGACGGGCACCCUGCGCAAGGAGACCAUCAAAGUCCUCGGCAUCCUCGGCGCUCUCGACCCUUACAAGUACCAGCAGAUCAGUGAGGCCGCCCCGGACAUCCAUCACAUCAAUGAGGUCCAGGACGUCUCGGACGUCACCCUCAUCAUGCAGGGGCUCACCCCGUCCAACGAGGAGUACUACCCCACCGUCGUCAUCCACACCCUCAUGCAGAACAUCCUGCGCGAGGGCUCCCUGGCACAGUACCACUCGGCCGUCAUCGACGCCAUCGUCACCAUCUUCAAGACUCUCGGCCUCAAGUGCGUCCCUUUCCUCGGCCAGAUCAUCCCGGGCUUCCUCGCCGUCAUCCGCAGCGCCCCGGUCAGCCGACUCGAGUCGUACUUCAACCAGUUGGCCAUCCUGGUCAACAUCGUGCGCCAACACAUCCGCGCCUUCCUGCCAGAGAUCAUCGCCGUCAUCCGCGACUUUUGGGAUGCCUCGGUCCAGGUCCAGAGCACCAUCCUCUCGCUCAUGGAAGCCAUCGCCAAGGCCCUCGAGGGCGACUUCAAAAAGUACCUCGCCGGCCUCAUCCCCCUCAUGCUCGACAGCCUGGAGCAGGAUAACUCCGUGCGUCGCCAGCCCUCGGAGCGCAUCCUGCACAGUUUCCUGGUCUUUGGCGCCAGCGGCGAGGAGUACAUGCAUCUCAUCGUCCCCGCCAUCGUCCGCCUGUUUGAGCGGCCCCAGAACCCAGUCCCCGUCCGCCGUUCCGCCAUCGACACGCUGGCCAAGCUGUCGCGCCAGGUCAACGUCUCGGACUUUGCCUCACUCAUGGUCCACUCCCUGUCCCGCGUCAUCCCCUCGACCGAUCGCCACCUGCGCCAGGCGGCGUUGGACUGCAUCUGUGCCCUCAUCUUCCAGCUGGGCCAGGACUUCAAUCACUUCAUCCACCUGAUCAACAAGGUGCUCAAGCACUACCAGAUCACCCAUGUCAACUACCAGACCCUCGUCGCCAAGCUCCAAAAGGGCGACCCCCUCCCGCAGGAUCUCAACCCGGAGGACACCUUCCGCCCCUUGUCCGACGACGCCAACUUUGCGGAGAUCGGCCAGAAGAAGAUGGUCGUCAACCAGCAGCAUCUGAAGAACGCCUGGGACGCGUCGCAAAAGUCCACCCGCGAGGACUGGCAGGAGUGGAUCCGCCGCUUCAGCGUCGAGCUCCUCAAGGAGUCCCCCUCACCCGCCCUACGCGCCUGUGCCAGUCUGGCAGGCAUCUACCAGCCGCUGGCCCGCGACCUGUUCAAUGCAGCCUUUGUCUCCUGCUGGACGGAGCUCUAUGACCAGUACCAAGAAGAACUGGUGCGCUCCAUCGAAAAGGCCCUCACCUCGCCCAACAUCCCGCCAGAGAUCCUGCAGACCCUGCUCAACCUGGCCGAGUUCAUGGAGCAUGACGACAAGGCGCUGCCCAUCGACAUCCGCACGCUCGGCAAGUAUGCCGCCAAGUGCCACGCCUUUGCCAAGGCUCUGCACUACAAGGAACUCGAGUUUGAGCAGGACCAGAACUCGGGCGCCGUGGAAGCCCUCAUCACCAUCAACAACCAGCUGCAGCAGUCUGACGCCGCCAUCGGCAUCCUCCGCAAGGCGCAGGCCUACCGCGACGUCGAGCUCAAGGAGACCUGGUUCGAGAAACUGCAACGCUGGGAGGAGGCCCUCGCCGCGUACAAGCGUCGUGAGAAGGUCGACCCGGACUCCUUUGGCAUCACCAUGGGCAAGAUGCGCUGUCUGCACGCGUUGGGUGAGUGGAAGCUGCUGUCUGAUCUCGCCCAGGAGAAAUGGAACCAGGCCUCGCUCGAGCACCGCCGGGCGAUCGCUCCGCUGGCUGCCGCCGCCGCCUGGGGCCGUCGCCAGUGGGAGCUCAUGGACUCCUACCUCGGCGUCAUGAAGGAGCAGUCGCCCGACCGAUCCUUCUUCGGCGCCAUCCUCGCCAUUCACCGCAACCAGUUCGACGAGGCCGCCAUGUACAUCGUCAAGGCCCGCAACGGUCUGGACACGGAGCUUUCCGCCCUGCUGAAUGAGUCUUAUAACCGUGCCUACAACGUCGUUGUCCGUGUGCAAAUGCUCGCGGAACUCGAGGAGAUCAUCACGUACAAGCAGAACGUCGGCGAUCCCGAGAAACAGGAGGCGAUGCGUCGCACCUGGAACAAACGCCUGCUCGGCUGCCAGCAGAACGUCGAGGUCUGGCAACGCAUGAUGAAGGUCCGUGUGCUCGUCACCCCAUCCCGCGAGGACCUCGACAUCUCCAUCAAGUUCGCAAACCUGUGCCGCAAAUCCAACCGCAUGGGUCUGGCGGAACGCUCGCUCGCCGCACUCGAGAACACCGUCACCGAUGAGCACGGCAUCGUGCGCAAGGUCUCUCCGCCCGAGGUGACGUACGCCCGACUCAAAUUCAACUGGGCCACGGGUCGCCAGCGCGAAGCUCUCCAGAUGCUCAAGGAAUUCACGGCUGGCUUGACCGAUGAUCUGUCCCGGUACAAUGCCCUCAUGGCCACACACUCUACGAAUUCCUCCUCCACCACUACCACCACCAUCACCAAUAACAACACCAACAACAACAACAACAACAACAACAACAACAAUAAUAAUAAUAAUAACAACUCCGCCCCCUCCGAUUAUCCCAACGGCGGGACUCCGAAUGGCGUGAAUGGUGUCAUUGGUAAUGGCGCGGGGGGACUCCUUGCAGGCGGCCUCUCCGAAGCUGAUGCCAUGGGCCUACGCGAACGCGUCGACGAUGUGACCAAGUUCCGCAAGCUGCUGGCCAAGAGCUACCUCAAGCAGGGCGAAUGGCAGACAGCGCUACAGCGGGGUGACUGGAAACCGGAGCAUGUACGUGAGGUCCUCAGUGCCUACUCGGCAGCGACCCACUACAAUCGUGAGUCGUACAAGGCGUGGCACGCGUGGGCGCUGGCCAACUUUGAAGUUGUAACCACGCUGGCCGGCCAGGCGAAUCGCGAGGGGACGUCGUCGACGGUUAUGCCUAUGGUCCCCGCGCACAUCGUCACCGAGCACGUCAUCCCUGCAAUCCGGGGGUUUGUCCGUUCGAUCUCGCUGUCGUCGACUUCCCCCCUACAGGACACCCUGCGGCUGCUCACGCUCUGGUUCACGCAUGGCAGCGACCAGGAGGUCAACACGGUGGUCACCGAAGGGUUAUCCGCCAUCAAUAUCGACACCUGGCUGGCUGUCACGCCACAGUUGAUCGCGCGCAUCAACCAGCCCAGCAUUCGCGUGCGCAAUGCCGUCCAUCGCCUGCUGGCCGAGGUCGGCAAGGCGCACCCGCAGGCCCUCGUCUACCCGUUGACUGUCGCCAUGAAGUCCAACGUCGCACGACGGUCGCAGUCUGCCAGCAAUAUCAUGGACAGUAUGCGCCAGCACAGUGCCAAGCUUGUCGAGCAGGCAGACCUGGUCAGCCACGAGUUGAUUCGCGUGGCCGUGCUGUGGCACGAGUUGUGGCAUGAAGGUCUGGAGGAGGCAUCGCGGCUCUACUUUGGCGACCAUAAUGUCGAGGGCAUGUUUGCCACGCUGGCCCCGCUGCACGAGAUGCUCGACCAGGGCGCCGAGACGCUGCGGGAGGUCUCGUUCGCGCAGGCGUUUGGGCGCGACCUAGCGGAGGCGAAGCACUACUGUAUGCUGUACCGCGAGACGGAGGAGAUUGGCGACCUCAACCAAGCGUGGGACCUCUACUAUACCGUCUUCCGCAAGAUCAGCCGGCAGCUGCCGCAGCUGGCGACCCUGGAUCUCAAGUACGUGUCGCCGAAGCUCAAGGACUGUGUGGAUCUCGACCUGGCGGUACCAGGCACGUAUCAGAGCGGACGGCCGGUCAUCCGGAUCAUGAGUUUUGACCCGCUGCUCCACGUGCUGCAGACGAAGAAGCGACCGCGCCGGAUGACCCUCAAGGGCAGUGACGGGAAUUCUUACAUGCACUUGCUCAAGGGCCACGAGGAUAUCCGGCAGGACGAGCGGGUGAUGCAGCUGUUUGGCCUGGUCAACACGCUGCUGGACAACGAUAGCGAGAGCUUCAAGCGUCAUCUGUCGGUGCAGCGGUUCCCUGCCAUCCCGCUGUCGCAGAGCUCCGGUCUGCUGGGCUGGGUGUCCAACAGCGACACGCUGCAUGCUCUCAUCAAAGAGUACCGCGACAGCCGACGGAUCCUGCUCAACAUCGAACACCGCAUCAUGCUGCAAAUGGCCCCGGAUUACGACAACCUCACGCUGAUGGAGAAGGUCGAGGUCUUUGGCUACGCCAUGGAUAACACGACGGGCAAGGACCUGUACCGCGUGCUAUGGCUUAAGAGCAAGAGCUCCGAGGCCUGGCUGGAGCGCCGCACCAAUUACACCCGCUCCCUGGGUGUCAUGUCCAUGGUGGGCUACAUCCUCGGGCUGGGUGACCGGCACCCGUCGAACUUGCUGCUCGACCGGAUCACAGGCCGCAUCGUCCACAUCGAUUUCGGCGACUGCUUCGAGGUGGCCAUGCACCGUGAGAAGUAUCCCGAGCGCGUGCCUUUCCGCCUGACGCGCAUGUUGACCUUUGCCAUGGAGGUCAGCAACAUCGAGGGCAGCUAUCGUAUUACCUGCGAGGCGGUCAUGCGGGUCUUGCGUGAGAACAAAGAUUCGUUGAUGGCGGUUUUGGAAGCGUUCAUCCAUGAUCCUCUGAUCAACUGGCGCCUGGGUGUCCGCGAAUCCCCCGACCGCAUGCCGUUUUCCGCAGAGCGACGCCAGUCCCUCAUCGAGAACAUGAACAUGGAGCACGGCGUGCAGCCGAACAAUUUCUCCCGUCACCGCCGGCCGUCGAUCCUCGAGGGCGGCAUCCUCGAUGCGCAAGAAGGCGUGCCGAACGAAGCCCGCGAGGCGCAGAACGCCCGCGCGCUGCAGGUUCUCGCGCGGGUGAAAGACAAGCUCGUCGGGCGCGACUUCAAGCCCAAUGAGGAGCUCAACGUCAGCGACCAGGUCGACAAACUCCUUGCCCAGGCCACGAGCGUGGAGAAUAUCUGCCAGCACUGGAUUGGGUGGUGUAGCUUCUGGUGAUGUGUCUUCAGACGAGUCCUUCUUCUCCUUCUUUCUUUUUCUCCGAAAGACAUCUCUGCGAUACCUUCUCAUACCUUCCUGUACAUAGAGCAUUUUCUCUUGCGUGUACCUGUUUUUUUUUUCUCUUUUCUUCUUCUUUUUCUUCGUUUUUCCUACGGGCUCAGUGUAGCUUCCAGAUCUUGUCCGUAGAGUGAUGCUUCCAAUACUAUUCCACCACAAUACAUCUGCAUUUAUU